AUGUCAAGGCGACCAGGGUUCAAUGAAAGAAGUUAUAUUUGUCGAAAUACAAAUAAACACUACACUAAUUUCAAUUUAACUGUAAAAUUGAAUCAUAGAUUUACACCUGAAUUGUUAUCUCAUGCUUUGAGAGCAUUGAUUGUUAGAAAUUCUUGGUUCACUCUUAAUUUUUACCGAGUGGGUGCCACAGAUAUGGAUGAACCAAUGAAUGGUGAAAAUUUCGAAGUAAGGAAGGUAAAAAGUAUAAGAUUUGAAGACGUCGUGACUUUCAAGUCGAUUGAUUCUAGCUUUGAUAGCAACAUUUUGGAAGAAGUAAACAAGCUAAUAUGUCCAAUGAAUGAACCAUUUCUCCCUCUUUGGCGUCUUAUUAUAUUCGAAAAUAAAUGUAAUCCUUCGGAGCAAUUCAUCUGCUUUUAUUGUGAUCAUUCGGUUUUCGACGGUAUAGCUGGCCUAGAAUUUCAGAAAGACCUUUUACGUGAACUAUCUAACUUAUCAAAUAAAACGGAGGAUUUAAAAUUAGUGUCUGUAUUAUUUGAAAAGGAAGAAGCUUCUGAAGAAAAGUCCACUGAGAUUGACAAAGCACGAGAAGAAAUACUUAAUAUAUUUGAUGUCCCGUUGUACUAUUGGUUCUUGAAUUAUUUUAAAAGCUCUUUACUUUGCAAAUGGGUAUCAUCGUUUAUGCCUUGUUUAAGAAAGAGUCUAGCUCUUUUUAGAGGGACUCUGGCUCAAAAUUUCGAUCCAUAUGAUCUUGAAUUACUGAAACACACCAUGUUCAAAUACAAGCCAAUCUCUAGAGACCUUUCUACAAAAUAUAAGAUUUUGUCAUUUAACAACGAAGAAGUUAAAAAAAUGCUCAGCUUUUGUAAGAAACAAAGUUUGACACUUACGCCAUAUUUCAACAUUAUAGCCCUUCAAUGUCUCCAGGAAACUGUGUUUACAGGAAUUAAGGAUCCCAAGGAAAAUAUGUUUUCAACAUCAUCAUGUAUUGUUAUCAAUGGGAGAAGAUAUUAUGAUUUACCUAACUUCCUCUACGGCACCUGUUAA